AGGGUGCCGCUUCGUAUAAAUCAAUAUCGGGGGUGCGAUGUGAGGUGUAAGGGGCAGAUGGUGUUAACCCCUAAAUGUUCGUGACGCUAGGGUGUGGUUUUAACCAAAAACCACCCGAAAGGAUGGAUCCUAAAGUCAUAGAGAAAGUAGUGCAGGAGAUGGCAGACUUCACGCCCGACAUGGGAGAAAUCGAGGGCGUCCCCCUCCUUAAGGGAAUCUGUGACGUAUGGGACACGAUACACAACUUCCAGGCUCGGGACGGUGACAUUGUGGUGGCGUCUUACCCCAAGUCAGGGACCACGUGGAUGCAGGAGAUUUUGGAUCUGAUCGUCCUGGAUGGGGACGUAGAGAAGAGCUUAAGAGCCCCGGGCUUUGUGAAGGUGCCGUUCCUGGAGAUGGGGCACACCUCUCUGGAGGUGGCUAAUACUAUGUCAAGUCCUCGUAUCCUCAAAACUCAUCUGCCCGUCCAGUUGAUGCCCCCAUCGUUCUGGGAGAAAGAUGUCAAGAAGCAAUCUGAUUGGUUGCUAUGGGCAACUGCACCACUCUUCCUCUGCACAGUGACCUGGGGGAACUGGUUUGAUCACGUGAUCGGAUGGUGGAAGGCGAAGGAAAGGCACAAGAUCCUCUACGUCUUCUACGAGGACAUGAUUGAGGACUCUCCACGUGAGAUCCACAAAGUGAUGAGGUUCUUGGGUAAGGACCUUCCCGAGGACGUUGUUCAGAAGAUCCUUCACCACACCUCCUUCCAGUCCAUGAAGAACAACCCAAUGUUCAACUUCAGCGCCCUCUCGGAGACGGUUUUUGACCAGUCUGUGUCGACUUUUAUGAGGAAAGGAAUUGUUGGAGACUGGAAGAACCAUUUCCAUGAGUCUCAGAACCUCAUAUUUGACAAAGAAUAUGAAGAGAAGAUGGAGGGCAGUGGGCUGGCGUUCCGUACCGAGCUCUGACAACCAGUCGGCCAUAUUGUAUGAAGACAUCAUCUACACCAGAACUGGCAAAGAUUCCUCACCAAAGCCUUAUAGUCUUAUAUCUUAUAUGUGUGAUAUUGGGAUCUGUGUGACUUUAAAAAAAAUCUAAAAAUUAAAAAAUGUUACCUAAUUACAAUGGAGUGAGCAAUAAAUCUCCAUCUACUAACUAUAAUAUGUGAUCAUUACAAGACACCACCAACUAGAUGAAGGGGGUCUGCAAAGGAAGGAGAAAAUAAGGGCCAAAGGUCAGAGGUAUAAGGUAAAAACUAUAAAAUACAAGAGAACAUUAUUGUAACCAGCAGAAUGGCACUACAAUGACGUAUUAAAAAUAAUACCGCCAUGCUGUGCCUAGAUAGCAGUACCAUACUGUGCCCAAAUAACACAGCCAUACAGAAAAACAUCAUAUACAGAGCACU